AGGGUCCAUGCCGCCUAGGUUUGCCGCUUUGGAGGCGAUGAUGGUUCCCCGCAGUCUACCCGUUGGCGGCAGACGGGUAAUGACCCGCAUGACUGAUUCGGCAUCGGGCAAGGAUAUAAAGAUUGCUGGACGAGUACUUCGUGAUCCAAAGCAUCUGGGUUAAUUAUCGUUUGAGAGAAGAUACUUAGGCACGUUGAACGAGUAGCUCGUCGCGAACAUAGCUCGUCGAUCAUAGACAUCAGCCAACGCGCAAUGUUCUAUCAACCCGGAAAAGAAGACCAUGGACUACCAUAUGACCCAUUCAAAGCAUGCGUCCUUCCCCGCCCCAUAGGCUGGAUAUCCACCCUCUCCCCCACAGGCGCCGCAAACUUAGCCCCCUACUCGCAAUUCAACAACCUGACCUUCGACCCACCCUACGUCAUGUUCAGCGCAAACCAAACACCAUCGAACAGCCAAAAAGACACCGUCCGCAACGUCGAAGCUACGGGGAAAUUUGUCUGGAAUCUAGCAACGUAUGAACUGAGGGAAGAGGUGAAUAGGAGUGCGGUACAGGAAGAAUAUGGGGUUGAUGAGUUUGAGAUGGCGGGCGUGGAGAAGGAAGAUAGUCGGAUGAGUGGGGUUGUUGUUGUUGGUGGGGAUGGGAAUGCAGAGGGGAAGGAGGGGAGGAGGGAGAUGAUGGUGCCGAUGGUGAAGAGGAGUCCGGUCAAGUUUGAGUGCGAGUAUUAUACCACACUACGUCUUCCUGGUAAUCCGCCCAUGGGGUCGGCGGAUGUGGUGAUUGGGAAGGUGGUUGGUGUGCAUAUCGAUGAGCGGGUUUUGACGGACGGCAAGAUCGAUGUGAGGAAGACGGAGCCGAUUGCUAGGUGUGGGUAUUAUGAGUAUGCGGUUGUCAGGGAGACAUUUGAGAUGCGGAUACCGGGGGAGGAUAAGGCGAUUUUGGCGGGGUUGGAGGGGAGUGCGAAGAAGAAUGAGAGGUUAGAUAGGGUUGGAGAUGUGGAUGGGGAAGAGAGGCGAUGAUGCAAGUUGUUGUACAAGACACGUACACGAUAGUAAUGGCAAUAAUGUCGCUAUCUCUACCUGGGUCGGAUGUAAUGUAAUGAAACAUGCAUGCCAGCGUGUCAGAAGAGCAAACUCCAAGAUACCAUCCCCCAAACGCCGAAGACAGUAG